GGCCAAGACCUGCUUGCACUUUUUUUUAGAAAAGAUCACCAACUGAAGGAAAUUCCACUCAAUAUUCUCAGCUGAUCAUAUUUUCAGAUUUUUGUAAGGAAGAUUUCUGUUGUCAGUGAAAUUCGUUAAUUACAACAAAUCUCCAGUGAAACGUUCUCCUUACAUUAUUGAUUAUCUUGUAAGGAUAAAUAAAAAAAAAGGUCAAGUUUAGGGACGCAAUUUAGGAGAAAAUUAUUGUAUAACCCUAUUCUUCAUGUUUGGGAGUGGUGGCUACGAAAAUUAGGUCCUCAAUUAUUUUUAGGUGUGGUUGAAAUAUACCAAUUAUUCAUAUUGGUGAGGCAAUACUGCAAUGCCUCGUAGUAAAAGGAGAUCAACGGAUAUGAAUUCAACAGACGAUGAUCGGCACACAUCGAAACGACUACGUAAUUCGAAUGGUUCGAGAAGAUUUUCUAGAGUAGAAGAAAUUCCAUCGUUUAGUCAAAAAAGAUGUUUAGCUUGGUUCAGAGAAUAUACAAAUCCAGAUGACCCCGAUAUGUUGGGUCCGGAUGGCAUGGAAAAAUUUUGUGAAGAUAUAGGUGUCGAACCCGAAAAUGUAGUCAUGUUAGUUUUAGCUUAUAAAAUGCAAGCUCGACAAAUGGGCUUUUUUACACAAGAAGAAUGGCUUAAAGGUCUUACAGAUUUACAAUGUGAUGUAAUACAAAAAUUACAAACUAAACUUGAAUAUUUAAGAAGUCAUUUAAACGAUCAGAAUCUUUUUAAAGCCAUUUAUAGAUAUGCUUUUGAUUUUGCUAGGGAUAAAGACCAAAGGAGUAUGGAUAUAGAAACGGCAAAAGCUAUGUUACAAUUAUUAUUAGGAAAACAUUGGGCGCUUUACUCGCAGUUCAGUCAGUUUCUUGAUCAAUCAAAGUACAAAGUUAUUAAUAAAGACCAGUGGUGUAAUAUUCUCGAAUUUUCCAGAACUAUUUGUAAUGAUCUUUCAAAUUAUGAUGUGGACGGAGCAUGGCCAGUUAUGUUAGACGAAUUUGUAGAAUGGUUAAAAGCAUCGAGAUCUAAGGCUGCAAUAAGUUGAGGUUACGUUUCCAGUUUGGUAGUGUGAUUUAAUUACGGACUCUAUUACAAUAAGUUGCCAACUAAAAUAAAAAUAGAAACAACUGUCGAUUUAUUUACGUGUAUAUGUCAUAACUUCAAUUGAUUGUAUAAAAGUUCAUUUUCUAAUUGUUUCACGUAUUUGGUUACAAUGCGCUUGGUUGAAUAAUCACUGAUAAAAAUGUAUUUAGAUUAUUUAUUUUAGUAGAUAUAACAAACAGCUGUACUGAACGUCUAAAAAUUACAGACUUUUUGUAUUACUUUGUUACUCUUACGUUUAUUUAGUCAAUAUACAUUUUAAGUUGAA